AUGCUGUGCGACCAGUCUUCCUGUGCUUAUGAUUAUUAUGUUAAGCAUAAAGAAUAUAAAGUGUUUGCUAGGAGAAAGGGUUUUCGUGCUCUUUUCCGCCACUCCAAGGAUAACGAGCUGUGGAAGCCCGAGGUCUGGUACCCACCACUGUGUCCACCAGACAUCCUCAAGAAAGAACUUGUUCAAGAUGAAAAUUUCACGGAGAUCGACAUGAUAGCCAGAGCUACACCAGAUUCCUUGAAAGAAAGUUUUGGCGAUCUUGUCGAGAGCCUUACUAGUCAUCUCACCUCCGAUCUGCACAAGUUAAGAGCAAUUUUCGUGUGGAUGGCUGAACAAAACAUCGGAUGUCGACAAGAGACAACAAGCUUCAAAAAUAAACACAGUCCAAAAUAUUACCUACGGAAGGCAUAUACAGAUGUUGUCUUCAUCGGCAAAAUGUUUGCCAAGAUGUGCAGAGCCGCAAGAAUCCCAUGCAUACUUGUGAGCGGCAAGGCAAAAGGUGUUUCUUAUGAACCUGGUUACAAAGACAUCAGAGAAGAAAACACCUGGGCAGUUGUUUACGUGGCCGGCAGCUGGAGAUUCGUGUUUCCAUUUUGGGCAUUUGUAAAAACCCGUGGCUACCAAAAUGAAGACUGGAUGCUCAUUGAGGAUUCGGGAAAUCCUUUACGAACACGGUUUGCAGCAAAUGAUGGUAGUGAAAUAUCUACCUUCGACGAAUUUUAUUUUCUGACUGACCCUAACAUGAUGAACUACAUCUGUCAUCCACAUGACAAAGAGAAGCAGCUGCUGGCUGAACCAUGGACCAAAGAACAAUUUUUUACUUUGCCUUACUUCCGCCCGCACUAUUUCUCGUCUGGAUGGCACCUGGUCAGCCCUCUGACAUGCGUGAUCAGGCCUGAAGAUGGAUGGUGCUUCAUCGACUUUAGUAGUCCAGGGGCAGGUUCUAAACUCAGAUACAAGCUUUUUUUCGAUGAAACUCGAUCAGGGAAAACUUUUCCAAAAGGAAUACAAAUGGAUCUUUAUGUAACCAUAAUAAAGAGGACAAAGCAUACUAAGUCAGUCAUGGUCAGACUUCCAGAGGCUGGAACUUACAAACUUGAAGUGAUUGGCUCUCAUCAAAAUAUUCUUCACAGGCUCGUGGAAUUUCGGAUCGUUUGUAAGCACGUGGCGCCUGACAUUCGACCCUUGCCACCAUGUUCGGAGAAUGGUUUUGGAUUUGGAGAAGAAGCAGUCAAAGCUGGUUUGUCGGAGCCUUCCCAUACAGAGGGAGUUGUGCCGGUGAAAAGUGGCGAUGAGAUCGACAUGAGUUUCAGGGUUCAACCCAAUGUCGACAUCUUGGCCAGACUGGUCCACUCUACUCGGGCAACGGAUGAACUUCGGGACAGUGUCAGAGUUCGGCGAGAAAACGCCAAAGCCACGGUUACUGCGACACUUCCGGCAGAUGACCCGGAACCGGAAUACUCUCUUCAAAUUGAUACCAUUAAAAACUCACAAGGAUUCUAUAAACCGAAAGGAGCAUUUACUAAUGCUUUGAGCUACUUGCUGACCAGCAACAAAUCUUUGAAUACCGCCAUUGUGGACAAGAGCAAACAGGAAAAUCUACAGUGUUAUGAAGAAUUUUACGACUCUAUUGCAAAAGAUGAUGCAAGACUGUUAGAAAAGGUUGCCUUCCGUGUCAAGAUGGCUGGUAUUGAAGAUCCUAUAUUGAAUGAAAAAAUUCGAGGACAGAAGGCAAAGUUCAAGCACAUGCGAAAGGAAGUACUUGCCGCGGCGGAAGAAAGAAACUUGGAUCGACUGAGUCUUGCCUUGAAACACUGUAUGUCUGUAAACCUUGAGUACAGAGGAGACGUGGAAGACACCAAGAAAGUAUUAUUGGAGUUAUGCAAAGAAGAGCUAGAAAAAGCUACUAAAAAUCUUAAAGUAGAGGAACUUCACGAAUGUCUGGAUAAAAUAUCCAACACCUGUAUCGGUGAGUCCGUGCGGGAAGAAGCUUGGUUCAAGGAUGCUGAGGAAGUCUACUGGAGACUACAGCAGCUUCAGGAAAUAAAACAGAAUGUUCAGUCGUUGACGGACGAUGACAUGGCGAAUGUCUUUAAACCUCCAGACGAUGUCAUCGACAUCAUCUUUUCCACCUUCAUUCUGCUCGGAGAAAGUCAAACAGAACUUGAUACGUGGCAAAAAAUCUGGACAAAACUGCACCAAACUAGCGAAAAACAACUGUUCACAACACUGAGCAGCUUUGACGACUCUUUGUUGACUCAAGAUCGGGUGGACUUGGCACAGGACAAGUUGCAGCACUGUGGCGGGACGUUUGGCGAUGAAAGAGUCAUCAAAAUCCUUUACUCAUGGACUCACAAGUUGCGACAUGUUGAGCUCACCCCAGAAACCAUCGAGUACCAUACGCAAGACUUUACAAUAAGCCGGGUAUAUCACGAGCACACUGGAUAG